CACCUGACCAAAACUCUGGCGGUGCAAUGGCGGCGCACAUGCUUCGCUGGGGCUGUGCGGGAAGACGUUGGGCUUUAGCCUAUGUUGACGGCGGUUCUUGCCAUGGACUAGGCGCUCCGAAUGAUUUCACGCUCAGCGGGAUGAAGGGACAGAGCUCAAUGGCUCCGCAGCCACUAAUCACAGCCCAGAAGCCGAGGAAAGGUGAACACGAAUGGGCAGCUGUGGUAGGUUUGGAAAUUCAUGCACAGAUUUCUUCCAACUCUAAACUCUUCUCUGGAUCUCAAGUCCACUUUGCAGCACCUCCAAAUUCUUUGGUUUCUUUUUUUGAUGCAUCUCUGCCUGGAACUUUGCCGGUUCUCAACAGGAGGUGUGUAGAAGCAGCUGUGAUGACAGGCCUGGCACUGAACUGCCGCAUAAACAAAAAGUCCUUGUUUGACAGGAAGCACUACUUCUAUGCCGACCUCCCUGCAGGCUACCAGAUUACCCAGCAGCGGCUUCCGAUUGCCAUGAACGGGAGCUUGACGUACGGCGUCCGUGUGGGGACUAAGCGGAGUCAGGUCAUCACCAGGACGGUGAGGAUCAAGCAGAUCCAGCUGGAGCAAGACAGUGGCAAGAGCCUCCACGAUGACCUGAGGUCUCAGACGCUCAUUGACUUGAACAGGGCUGGAGUUGGACUUCUGGAGGUGGUCAUGGAGCCUGACAUGACCUGUGGAGAAGAGGCAGCAACAGCUGUCAGGGAGCUGCAGCUGAUCCUUCAAGCCCUGGGGACCAGCCAGGCAAAUAUGGCAGAGGGCCAGUUGAGAGUGGACGCCAAUAUAUCUGUGCAUCACCCUGGGGAGCCCUUCGGCGUUCGAACUGAAGUGAAGAAUCUCAACAGCGCCAGGUUCUUGGCCAAAGCAAUAGACUAUGAAAUUCAGAGGCAAAUCAAUGAACUUGAGAAUGGAGGUGAAAUUCUGAAUGAAACCCGCUCGUUUGAUUCCAGGCUGGGGUGCACCAUGCCAAUGAGAGACAAGGAAGGAAAACAGGACUACAGGUUUAUGCCGGAGCCCAACCUGCCUCCCCUCGUGCUCUACGACUCCGCAUCCCUGCCUUCUGGGGCCGACUUGCAACAAGUGAUCAAUAUCGACUACAUCCGGGAGAGGCUCCCUGAGCUCCCCAGUGUGACCCGAGAGAAGCUCGUUGAACAGUAUGGGAUGCUGCCAGAACACAGCUUCACCUUAUUGAAUGAAGUUGGCCUACUGGAGUUCUUCCAGAAUGUGAUAAAAGAAACUAGGGCAGAGCCCAAAUUGGUGACUAGCUGGGUCCUCAACACUUUUCUGGGUUAUUUAAAGCAGCAGAACUUGGCCGUCAGUGAGAGUCCUGUCACACCCUCUGCGCUGGCCGAGCUUCUCACCCUGCUGGACGGCAAAGUGAUUUCCUCAUCAGCAGCUAAACAGGUGUUUGAGGAGCUGUGGAAGAGUAAAAGCAAGACUGCAGCACAGAUCGUUUCAGAAAAGAAACUGGAGCUGAUGGAGGAUCGGGAGGCGCUGGAGCAGCUCUGCCAGGCUGUCAUGGAGGGACAUCCUCAAGUGGGGAGGGGAGGAGAGCCGUGCCUUCCCGGUGGCUGGAGUCAGAGCUUCGCCUUCACUCUGCUCAGACCUGAUAAUUCACCUCCGAGACGUGAGCCAGUCAGAGGGCCGAGAAGCGCCGUGUCAUGGUGUCGCCGCGGUGCCCAGGAGAAGACGGCCCUGUCCUUGUGCCAGCUUCCCUAGCUGCAGGCAAUGGACGUGAAGAAGGGAAACCUCAAAGCUAUAAAUAAACUGAUUGGGCUGGUCCGAAAAGCAACUCAAGGCCGAGCAGAUCCAACUGUGAUAAAGAAAAUACUGGAGGAGAAGCUGUCGUCAUGAGUUACUCUGGUCUC